AUGAAGCGACCCGAAGGUCAAGCAGAACUCAAGCGGAUUGCGGCUCGAGGGAUGUUGGAAACUGCUCUCCAAACGUUGGGGUCGCUGGAGGCCGUGGAGCAACUGUUGCGUGAACGCCGCAAAGAAGAAGCGGCGCGAAAGGCCGACGAGGCGGAGCGGGCUGCUCAAGAGGAGCAGCGUCGAUUGCGCGAAGUUAAAGCAGCAGCGCAGGCGCAAAUUGGAAGUGCCCGCGACGAUGGUGCCGCUGGAACGUUGGAGCAUCUUGACUUCGCGCGAGUUCGGAUGGACGAAGUUCGAUUCGUGGACGCUUCGGACGAAGUGCUCGGGAUGGGCGGAGUUAGCGAAGCAACGGUCGAAUGCGUAUGCGACGCCACGAGCGAUGUCAAUGUCGUCGACGAAGCCGGCAUGCCAGCGCGGGUGUUCGAAGCCAACGCGUGUUUGGCAAAGUUGGACGAACCCAUGACGACUUCGAGCGCCACGUCGUGUGGAUGCUGA